CAUGCCGACGGUGCUGGGCCUGGAGGGCUCGGCCAAUAAGGUCGGGGCGGGCGUGGUGCGCGAUGGCGUCAUCCUGAGCAGCCGGCGCGCCACCUACGUCACGCCGCCGGGGCAGGGCUUCGCCCCGGGCCCCGUGGGGCGUCACCACCAGGGGGCGCUCUUGGACCUCGUGACCGCCGCCAUGGCCGACGCCGGAGCCGGGCCCCAGGACCUGGAUGGGAUCGCGUUCACCCGAGGCCCGGGCCUGGGGGCGCCGCUGGCGGUGGUGGCGGCCGUGGGGCGCACCCUGGCCCAGCUCUGGUCCCUGCCCUUGCUGGGGGUCAAUCACUGUGUGGGGCACAUCGAGAUGGGGCGGCUGCUGGCGCCCGCCCGCGACCCCCUCGUGCUCUACGUCAGCGGAGGCAACACCCAGGUCAUCGCCUUCUCCCGCCGUCGCUACCGCAUCUUCGGGGAGACGCUGGACCUGGCGCUGGGCAACUGCCUGGACCGGCUGGCGCGGCUGCUACGGCUGCCCAAUGACCCGAGCCCGGGAUACAACGUGGAGGUGAUGGCGAGGAGUGGCCGCCGCCUGCUGGUGCUCCCCUACGUGGUCAAGGGCAUGGACGUGUCCUUCUCCGGGCUGCUGGCCCGCCUCCAGGCCAUCACCCCGAAGCUGUUGGCGUCAGGGGAGGCGACCCCCGAAGAUCUCUGCUUCUCCCUGCAGGAGACGGCGUUCGCCAUGUUGGCCGAGGUCACCGAGAGGGCACUGGCGCUCACGCGGGCCCCACACCUGCUGCUCGUGGGGGGCGUGGCCUGUGGGUCAC